AUGAAACUGGUGCUAUCCAGGAUUAUUUUGCAGUCCGAUGAUUGCCGUUUUGUGGGUAUUGACAUGAAGCGGUCCUACAUCAAGGAAGGCGCGGUGCAGCUGACGGCUCUCGACUCGCUACUCACCUCCUCACGUUACUUCUUCCUUUUCUCGGAUCUUCUCCUUGUUGCCAAGCAAAAGUUUGUUCUUUUUCCACCUCUCUUCAAAGCAAGUAUACAGUAA